AUCACAGAGCAGCGGAGUUAUCGUCAUGAAUCCUCAUUUGAUCCCUCCAUCACCAGUUUCUUGGCUCAACAUGAGGACCCUUCUUCUUGGGGUUAUUUUCGGACUUCUGACCCAGGUUCAGUCAUUACCUGUUGAUGAGGUGACCCGAAUACCUGCCAAUACUGAGGAUGACUUUCUCCGAGAGGCCAUAACAGAUGGUUUUAUCAUGGAGCACUCGUAUUUACCUUCAAUCACAACUGAAUUAUCCAAAAGUAACAAUACUGUACCGCUAUCAGACACCAUACACAAGCUCACUGCUAUGUCUGCAGAGGGUACUACCAUUAGUUUUGCCUCCAGUGAACCUGAUACAACAGAGGCCAGUGGAUUUCUAGAGGGCAGUGGGGAUCUCUAUCCAAAUCCAAGUGUCUGGCCUACACAGAGCUCAACAUCCACCUCAUUCCUGACAGAUGGAGAUGUGUUCAUUUCAAAUGUGGACUCCACCCAAAGCACUCACUCUGGCUUUAGCCCUACAUCGACACGGGGUAUUGAGGAAGGUCAUCCACUCGUUGAGGAAACAACGCAAACUGUGCAUGUAUCGAGCUUAGCCCCUAGCCAGAACGUUGUCUCACAACACACCGAGCCUGUUGUCUUCUCACAUGACUCAAGCCUGACCACCAUGAGCCUGAGCUCAGCUUUUCCUGCCACCCCCAGUCACAGCCCCAUUUCAGAGGGUGUACAAGAAGGGAGCUUUGCCCUUGGCUCUGACACAAGUGCUAGUACUACCUCCAGUCCAACGCUUAGCACCAGCCCAACUUCUAGUGCAGAUAACCACAGCACCACAAAGCCUGGCACCACUUUGCCCUCAUCCACAGCUGCUGUUGCCACUAAAACAUUUCAAAGCAUCUUCACGGAAGAGGAAGGGUCAAGUUUAGGACUAUCAGAUGUACCAAUGGUGGCAGCUCCCACUGAAGAGGAGGAGCAAACACUGACCCCUAAACUAUUGGAAAAUGAACAGAUAAAGGUGUAUCAUGGAACUGAUGAGGCUUCUCAAAAAAAAUAUAGGCAUGCUCACACAGACAAGGAACAUAGACACAGCACACCAAGUUGGAUGAUCAUCCUUGGUUUUGUUGUCGGUUUGGCAGCAAUGGUAUUAGUCUGCAUUGCCAUCGCUACCAGAGACAAGUGGUAUGGACCAAGCCAAGACUCCAGAAAAGAGGAUACCAAGGACAGUUCCAGCAGCCAGAAAAGGGAGAUGGAGAUGGAGACUUUCCUGCGUCAGGAAAGGCCCACAGAGAACAAACAUGGAGAUGAGUACACUAUCAUCCCUCUGAAUGAGCUUCCAGAGAAAGAGCCAUUGCCUUGAGACAAAUCCUGAGCAAAGAGAGGCUUGACACUCAUCAUUGGAUGAGUGUGUUUUGAUCGGAUGAAUGUGUUCAGAGGAACAGAACUGCUUAGCCUGUCGAACGACAGGCUUCAUUGGUUCCUCAGGUUUCUCAGGGCUCCAAGCCCAGCCAGCAUAAGAGUAGUAGACCGUUUGUUGUUCCUAACUUUUACUUUGAAACUUUCAAAGAUAUCUACAGUAUGUAUUUACUAUGUAUUUAUUGAUGUAUUUCCUUGUAAACAUUUUCCGGCAAUGUAAUGUUGAAAAACUGUCAUGUAAGAACCACGAAUCACAUUUAACUGAAAUGCACUUGAAAUGUCUUUGCACUGUUUCGUUUCCCACUGUUACACUGUAAAUAAAGCAAAAAUGUAACAUUUGUAUCUUAACAUGCCAUCAG